UCUUAUGAAAUACCCCAGCAUCUACACCCCACCCCUUCUUCUCAAUCCUUAUACACCCCAGCCCUACCUCACAGCUCUGCUCUAACCUGUCGAGCUCCGACGAGGACUGCUUAGCUCGCAUCGCAUUCUCGGUCUGUAGAAGCUUCCGGUAGCGUCGCUGUCUCUGCCCGCGUGGUCGUCGUCCGUUCGAGACCACGGUUGGACCAUCCUCUCUACUCUGUAUUCGGAAAAAAAGGAUGGCUAGGAAAGGUCGUUACACGAAAAGACAAAAACUGGGACUAGGAUUUUAGCAACCUCAAGUGGCUCCGCCUCCAGGCUUCCCACCACGAUGACGCUCAAAUUCUCCUAGCCAGUGGUGAUGGUAUCCCUACAACUUCGUGCCCGUUCCGUCUACCCCACAGUGAACCAAGGCCUACUCCACAAAUGAGCACAAAUAGCCCAGUGCACAACUCGGAGCCAUGCCAUAAAAACUUGGACGCGAAUACAGAUUGGGUAGAUUCCCUUGAUCAAGAAGUUGAUGACCAAUCCUUUGUUGCUUCUGGAGCUCAGAGUCACAAGGGAUGCAAGACUACAGAGUUUUGGAGGGUUAAGAUCAUCGAUGCCGACGGCACAAUCAAGCCCGCAAAAUUAAGCAUGAAGGAGGCUAUGGAACGGCCUAAUGGUAAAAGAAUCGUGCUCAGGUUCAACAACACAAAGCAAGCAAUUGGAGACGAAGCUGGGCUGUUAAGUGGCGUGCUUGGUCUGCUGGGAUCUGACUAUGGAAAAUUUUCUAUCUGUGAGAAAAGUUGGCAUAAGAUUACCACUAAGGACAAGUUUUAUAACGAAUGUCUCAAGCAAAUUUUCCACUUUGAUGAAGAUAGCGAAGGAAUUAUCAAGAAAAAUAUUUUCAAAAGUAUGGGGAAGUCUUGGAAGAAAACAAGGUUGAGGUUGUAUAAUGCUUUUUACGAGCCAACAUAUUGAGCACCAUUCGCCGGGAAUUGAUCGAGAACAUUGGAGAUGGUUCCUGACUAUCGCGCCAAAGCUGAGACAAAGGAGAAGUGCCAGAAAAACGCGAAAAAUCGAUCAAAGCAACUAUAUACCUACACUGGCGGUUCAAAAAGCAUCGCACGACGGAUGGAAGAAGAAGUACUUUACUUUUUCAUUCACUAUUUGGACUAUCUCUAUGAAUUAAUUUUCAUUGAUUUUGUGGAAUACGGUAAUGGCAAAAACUUUGAUGUUACAGUCGGAACAAACAAGGAAGGAGAGUCGGUAGAGGAGAGUUAUGGAUCACAGUGCACAAAAAAAAAAGAUGGCUCCUAUAUCAAUGAUGAAGCAAGAGCAAUCGGUGAAAAAAUUGAGGAGAUUGAGCAACAUGAUGAGUCUUCUAGGGUGUUGUCUCAAAGUAAUUCCAUUGGUCAAGUUUUCGGAAAAGAGAAACCGGGUAGAGUACGUGGUGUGGGUUUCGGACCGUCUCCUACUCAACUCUUCGGUUUGAAUUCACAUGCGCUAGGCAACGGAGUCCAACUAGAGGAGACCCAGAGGAAGCUGAUUGAACUGCAGGCAGAGUUGGAAGGUGAGAAGUUGAAGAGGAUGGCGAUGGAGGAUGAGGCAACAACAGAGAAUAAAAGGAUGAAGGUGAUGGAGAGUGCUCUAAUUUAUCUAUUUCAACGGCAAGGUAAGGAGCUGCCACCAGACAUCGCUGCAGGGAUGAGUUUUGUGGAAUGAUA